GUUCCCUCACCUCUAGGUGGGAUUGGUGGGAUCACUUGGAAAAGGUGAGAGAGGCUCUCAUUUUGCAGAACUGAGUUGUUACAUCAAUUACAUUUCAGAAGUUGCCCACUCCUCCAUCCCUGCAUCCUGCCUUUCCCUGUCUCAUCCGUGAAAAUGCGAUGGUGAGAAAGGUCCCCCUCGUGAAUCCCCCUCUGCUGACAAAGGAGAGGUUUUUGCCUCAGCCAGGUUUCCUGUGGCAAGGGAAGGAGAGCUGAGCAAUUCUCAUGCAUGGAGCCAGUGCUCACUUCCAUUGCUGUUUCCUGGGCUUCUUCCUGGCACUGCUGGUCAUGGGGGGUCAUGUACAGAGAGCCCUCAUCUAUCAGGAUCAUAUCCAGGUGUAUCACCCCAGAGGAGAGGGGCAGGUGGCUCUGGGAUGGUGGGGAAAAGCGCUCCCUUUCACCCUGAUAGGCUUCCAUUUGUGAAAUUAAUUUCUUGUGCUUCCUGAAGUCCCUUGUAUUUCACUUUUGGGCAGCCCAGAGCUGUUCAAAUGGAAGAUGAAUGAGAACCUUGCAAGAACAGCACAGCUUGAGUGGGAGCUGUAGGAUUAUUUGCACGUUUCCUUUAGGAGAGCAGCUGAGAGUGGUCUGUCUGCACAGGAGCCCAGAAGUGCCAGCGUAGCUGGUGGGUCCAUUCUCUUGCUCAGGAAUUGGUGGUUUACCUUGAAACUUCGUGGUUUGUAAGUACAGGUAUGUCCCUAUGUGUGAAUCAGUCAGGGGAUACAGGAACACAUCCCUGAAAUGAGUCUUGGGAUGGAAAGUUUCAUCUCCCCCUUUAUUGGUAAUUGAGGGGAGGACUGGUGAAAUUAGACAGCUGCACAAAUACUUCUCUGUGUGAGAGGAUGAAUGAGAGUAAAUAGAGAAGAAAGAAGAGGAAAAAUACAGAAUGAGAGGCUAUUUAAAGAAAAAAAUUUGGAUUUAGUUCAGGAUAGUGUUUUGUCACUUCCUUACACAUGCAUUACAGUUUUCUCUGUGUGGUACAGAGCUAUUCUGGCAUGUAACUCGGAGGUGUAAAAUAUGUCAGCAUUGAACUUUGAUGUUUGUCUGUGUUUGUGUUUAAACAUCAUGUUGAGAUUUACACAUUCUGGGAGUCAGAGCAAACAAGUUGACUGACCUUUGGACCCAAGCAAUUUGCUGAAAGUGUAUUUAUAUUAUCUCUUGGAAUACCACGCUUCAUUAUUUAUUUAUUUAGGGCGGCUGGUUGCUAUGCUGAGCUCUGGCAUUAAAGUGCCACCAUUUCUACAGUACAUUUAAGAGCUGUUUUGCUGCAGUUGAGCUGGGAGCUGAACAAUGGCCCUGAGGAGCCAGGGGACAGGGGCCAAAAGGAGACAGGGCUGUUUGAGAGAGAGCUGAGGAUGGAAUUACUGUAAACAGACACAGACUGUAGUCUAUCUGUGUGUCCUAUCUACAAAAUCUCUAUGUAUUGUACAAGGAAAGAAUAAAUGAGAAUAAUUAUUGGGAACCUUUGUACUUGUCUCAUAUGAUGUUCUGAAACACUCUGUGUUGCUAGUUAUUGGUUAGAACUUUGGGGUGUUUUGCCUUUUGGGAUGUUUUCAUGUGUGUCAUCAAGGUGUUUAAGUCUUUGCAUUGACUCAAUUUGAAUUAGAUUUUCUUUUCAGUUACAUCAUGGUAUCCAGUCAGUCAAAUAUGGAACUCAGCAAGUUCUGAUUCCCCUGGUAGUGGCAUUGCCUGUCAGCCUGUGGUGAGAACACCAAAGUUGGCAUAUUCUCCUUAGCAGUUUUAAUGCCAAUUUUACCUACAUGUGGUAGUUUGCUUUCCCUUUGCUCUGAGAUUUCAUUUCUUUCCUGCUUCUGUGCUCAACCCUACAUUUGUGGAUUUUAUGCAGUCUCCAUGUACUGUGCACAGCCUUCUGCUUGGCACUCCUCUUCAAUUUUACACUUUGCCUUUGACAAUCAAAAAGAAAUGAAAAAGGCUUGCAAUGUCUAGCAAGUCAUCUUUUGAUAAGGCUUGUGAAAAUUGACUGGUUUUCUCUUUUUACACUCUUAACAGUUUUACAAUAAUAUGCUAAGCUUGAAUUAUUGAUCAUAAUAAAUAACUUAGAACAGAUUCUGAUUAUCAGAUGGUGUAGUCACCAUAUUCCAGGUUUAGAAAAAGACUGCCAGCAAAGGCGUGGAAUUCUGGGGCCAAGCCCAGCGUGCCAUGGAGGCGGUUGGCAGCAGUGCUGCGGGCUCACGUUCUGGUGGAGGGUGUGCAGCGUGUCCUGACCAAGUGCUCCCAGCGCCUGCGCACACAGACAUAGUGGCGGGGUUUUGGAGAUCAUCCUGUGGGGUCGGACUGAGAAAUGCCUGAAGGAGACCACGGAGGAGAUCAGAAUGAUGGGGACAGAGUGCCACUAUUUCAUCUGUGAUGUAGGAAAUCGGGAGGAAGUCUAUCGGCAAGCCAAGGCUGUGCGGGAAAAGGUGGGUGACAUCACCAUCCUUGUGAACAAUGCUGCUGUGGUCCAUGGGAAGAGCCUGAUGGACAGCGACGAUGAUGCACUGCUCAAAUCUCAGCACAUAAACACCCUGGGACAGUUCUGGACCACCAAAGCAUUCCUGCCAAGGAUGCUGGAGCUGCAGAAUGGGCACAUUGUUUGCCUGAACUCUGUCCUGGCCUUGUCAGCCAUCCCUGGUGCCAUUGACUAUUGCACCUCCAAAGCCUCAUCAUUUGCUUUCAUGGAGAGCCUGACCCUGGGGCUGCUGGACUGUCCCGGAGUGAAUGCCACCACAGUCCUGCCCUUCCACACCAGCACAGAGAUGUUCCAGGGCAUGAGAAUCAGGUUCCCUAGUCUUUUUCCUCCUCUCAAGCCAGAGACAGUGGCGAGGAGGACAGUAGAAGCUGUUCAGUUGAAUCAAGCCUUCCUGCUCCUUCCAUGGACAAUGCAUGUUCUUGUCAUCCUAAAGAGCAUUCUCCCCCAGGCAGCACUUGAAGAAAUCCACAAGUUUUCUGGGAGCUACACCUGCAUGAACACUUUUAAAGGACGAACAUAGACCUGAUGGCUCAAGGACUGUUCUGCAGUGAACCCAACACAAGCAUGAAAAUCCUACAGGACUGUGAAUCAGCAAGUCUUGGCUUUCAGCCUGCUCAUGUGAUUUGUGCUGCUCUGAGGCAACACAUUUCUUGCAGGUCAUAUCCAUAGUAACAUGACCUUUGCACAGGAUUGAGUGAGUGGACUAUGGACCCUUGGAAAGAAAAACAGAAAGUGUGAAAUGUUUCUAUGGUGUUUAAUUCUUUAGAGUUCAAUUGUUAAAUCUACUCAUAGUUUUAAGAUGUGAUUUUUGUUUCUGAAGUGUCUGUGGGCUGUCUCAGUGGAGAGGCAUCACAUCCCAUCCCAAACACACUUUGUCCCCUCUCUCCAGAGGAACUGCCACUGGUUUCAUUUCAGCUUUUUGAAUGGGGAGCUUCAAAAUUACUUUGAAGAACUAAAAGUUAUGAACAUUUAAUAGAAGUUUCCUUCCCUUUCUUCAGUUUCCAUCCCAUGGUGAAGUUGUUCCCAGCACACACUGGGGAAAGAGCAAACCAUGAAGCAAUGUUUUCUUUGCUGCAGGCUGCCUAGGACUUCUCUUUCUGCGCCCAAAAUAGCUGUUGUACUUCCUCUGUGGUGGCUGGACAGGAAGGCUCAGGCAGCAGAGCUGAGAGUUUGAAUAGUGGGAGAUUCUUUCUGUCACUGAACUCAUAUGUGAAAUUGUCAUUCUGAUUUUUUUUGUUGUUCAUUUAUGAUAAAAUAUAAACAUAUUUUUAGCGUUAAUCCCAGUUGCCACACAUGUAGGCAGCAGCACAUUUGGGAUGAACUAAAUCUAGAACUAAAACUAGAGUCUGCUUGUACAAACAUACAUUCACUGACAUAAUCCAUGCAGAGGAAAAUCCAUUGUAUCAAUCUGCACAGUGAAGUGGAAUAAUGCUCUAAAAAUAGAAGAGACAGUACUGUCGUGCUUAUGAGAUGUGAAGUUUGGGAGCACAUUUAGCAAAGACCUGAUUUAAAUGCACGUUGAAUUCAUCUGGGAAUGAACCCAUUGUGCUUUAGGGACAUUGAAUCAGGUACUGAUCAGCCAAAAGUGACAAAUAUACUUGGACUGAGGUGCCAGAAGCAGCUAGACAUUAUUUAUUUUUGUAAUUAAAUAUCCUUUUUGACAGCCUAGGAAGGGCAACAUGGCAUUCCUGUGCAAAAUGCAGUGAGCAGCACAUUGGAGCACUACUAACAGAGGAAUUAAUAUAAUUGCAAUACAGGAAGUAGCAGUCUAACUGGAGACACCUGAAUGAAGUGCCUCAAGGAUGGUUGUGUGAUUAAAAGAGUGAAUUUAGGGCUCUUGACUCAAAUUUUGAGCUUUUCCAUAAAUGUCCUGUGUAGCCUGGGGCAAAAUGCAUCAUCUGAAGGCGUACCCUGACCUGCAAAGCAGAUAUUUCUAGUGUUUCCCUACCUCAAAAGUUGCAAGUCUGACUACCUAAAUGUCUGUUGAAAGCUCAGAAAAUUCAAAUGCAACGUGUUAUAGAAAGGAAAAGCAGUAUUUUUUCAUAGACCAAGAGGUUCUAUACAAAAAUUUAGAUGAGGAAAAGACCCAUAUGCCAAAAUAUAUCAUCUCCUAAAAGACAUCUGAGGAACAGCAGAAAAGCUGCGUUUGAAACACUCCUUUGGUUCUGCUGUGUAGAAUGGAGACUUGCUACUGAGGGGCAAAGGUGUGAGUGUUAAAAUCAGGUCUGACCUUACUGCAGACCACUGGAUUUCUCUCUUCUGGAGCUCUCCAAGAGGAAGAUGCUGCUAGAAGUGCCACUGGUGAAGUCCCUCUACUUGGGUGAGUGUUUGGAGGGGCUCUCCUGCCAGGGUCAGUGCAGAACUAUAACCUGGAGCACUGUGACACCUCUGAACAUGUUUCUUAAAAUGCAGUUUUUGUUGGAAUUCCUGGAUGUCUGAGGCUCUCUGGAGAGGAUGCAAAGAAACGUCAGUCUCUCUGUGAUUUUGAGGCCCACCCUAAUAGAUGCUUCCAGCUUUAUUUUUUGUCAACUUUUUUGAGAAGCCCAGCUCACUGAAAGGUCAAGUGCCAUGAAGGGAGAACCCUUCCAGGAUCUGCCUGGAAUACUGAAGGUACCAGGUUUACCAGGAGAGGUUUGGGAGAGGAAGGUAUGAUGAUACCAACUUCCCCUUGUGCUCUCUGGUCCAUUCCAGUUCCUCAUUAAUCCCAGCUGGGUGUGCCAGGCUCGUAGCUGCAAGAGCAAACAGCUGUGGUGGAAGAGCAGUGUCCCCCUGAAAUUAAACCUUUGUGCUGAGAUUCUAUUUAUUGGUAGCUUCCUGAUGCAAAAGUGAGGUAAAAACACACACUGGAAUCUUCAUUAAUCCCCAAAUCCUGUCCCUUAGAUAGAUCUGCUCUUUCCCUGCACCACACAAAAGAUGUUCCCUAUCUCUAGAGUUGUCUUACACACUAAGUGCUGUUGAUUUCUUUCUGAUGAAUAUAAACAAGACAGAACAUAGCUGAGACUUGUCAUCUCUUCUCAUACACACAGAAUUCCCCCUCUCUUCCCCCAGGGUCCUGGAGUGGACAGCGGGUCAAAUAGCAGUCACAGUGGGGGAGAGGGUUGCAGCAAACAGAAAAUAAUGAGGAAAACAUUGACUUUGCUUUUCAGAUAGCCAGGAAGAGUUGGGUAAGAGAGUUCCUUCCCUUGUGAGUGUUGCAAGGCAGGACAGUUUCCAUCCAGCAAGCAACUGCAAAUGUGAAUGGAGACACUGAAGACUUUUUUUUUAAGACUCCUCUGGAAUGGCUGCUGAGGUCUGCUGGGACCUUCCCACAUAAGGGUAGUGUUGGGUAAUCUUGAAGUGCUGCAAAUAUGGACAAGCUUUGUUGAAGCCUAAGGCCUUCUAUGAGGAAUUUUCGCCCUUUGACUUUUUUAAAUUUUGAUUUUUCCCGCUCUCUUUGCUGCCUCCUGCUCUCCACUGCGAAAUUAUUUUUUCCCUUCUGUUUUCCUAUGUCAUCACUGCACUUUUCUGUGCCACCAUCUUGAAGCCAGAUGUCAUAUGAGAGUCUGGAGUAAAUCAAAAUCGGGGUGUCCAUUUGUUAUCCUGCUGGAGGAACCCAGGUGAAGCUGCAGGAGCAGGUCACAGGAGUUUCAUAGGAAAUUAGUUUUACUUGCUCCAAACUCUGAAGAAGUAAAAGAGUCCUUGCUAUCGCUCUUAUACAGGAGAUUGCUUCUGGUUAAAAAUUUGAAUGGUAGAGUAACAUGAGCUGAUUUGAGACAUGUUCCCCUGACAAAAAAAGGCCCAAUUUAAAUGGGAGGAUUUUUCAGUUCCAGUUGGUUUCAGGGGCUGGUGUUUAUACAAAGUGAUUGUCAGAAUUAGCAAGGCAGGGCAGGGAGAGGAGGAGUCCUUUGCAAAGGAAUCUGAUCCCUCAUGUUCGAUAUUUCAUUUUGUGGUUUUUGAUGAGAAAAAAAUGCACCCUCAUGUACCCUUGGUGACCUUUAAAAAGGUCAUUCCAGCCAUGUCCCUGCCAAUGGCAUGUUUUUAGCAGAAUGACAAAAAGGAGUGAGCCCUCAAAGUGGGAACUGUACCCUCCCCACUCACCCAUUGUUCUGUUGAGGUUAAAAAGCAAUAGAGUCCAUCCCUCUAGUUCUUCUAGAACUGCGCAGAAAGUGCCUGGGCAAGCGAUUCUGAUGUUUGCAAAGAGAAACUUGUUGUACUUUUAUGUAAUGUGUUAAUUAGUGUGGGUGGGUAUCAUCAGAUCUAGUCUUGCAAUCCUUUCCGACAACUCCCUGAACACUCCCACCUUCAGAUAUUAACAGAUAGCACUUGCCAAAGCUCCUAAAAACCCAGUAACAGACUUAAUGCAGGCAGAGCAUAAGUGGGUGCAUGUAUUUCAAAGAGAACACAUCUGCUUGUAGCAGACAUUAAUGUGGCCUAGUGCCUUCCUUGAGCUGAAAUGCAACUGUUGAGAGAAGAAUACAGGGUGACCCUUGGAUCAUCUCUUUUGUUUUUAUUUCUUCAUGUGGCUUCAAUAAACUUAAUCUGGGUGGCAGCCA